UAACCAUUGGGUUGAAAACACAGACGCAAGUUCCACACUACUAGAGUUAGACUUUUGACUGUAGAGACAUUUGUUUUUGUUGUUGAUGUAAAGUGAAAAAAUCGGAAAAUAAACCAUGGAGUGGCUAGUAUUGGCCGCAUUGUUGUCACUCACCUAUGCAAAUUAUACGGAGGAGGAGGGUGCAACCUUUAUGGUACUGGUCAGCAACCGAUCACAGCAUCUGCAGAGCAUCCUGGUUCAUAAGCUGUGGGACUAUGACACUUCUCUAACUGAUGAGGCCGCUCAGGAAUUGUCAACUGCUCAAGAAAACUAUACAAAAUAUCAAGAAGACAUUUAUCCUGAAGUGGUCAAAUAUCCCUGGAGAACAUUCAAAGAUCCUUUACUGAGACGUCAAUUUAAAUUUCUUUCACAACCAGAUGAGGCAGCUCUCACAACUGAGAAGAGAACAAGACUAGCUAAUGUGAUAGCCGAGAUGGUAGAUAUUUACAGCAGCAUGAAAAUCAAGGAAUAUCAGUCCUCAAACAGUACACCUACUCUCAAUAUUGAUGAUAUAUCUAAUAAGCUAGCAAACUCCGACAAUCCUUGUGAGAUGGCAUACUACUGGGACGGAUGGCACACCAGCGUUGGAAAGGCGGUUAAGGAUCGUUUCCAGGAGUAUGUGGAAUUGGAAAAUGAGGCUGCAGUACUCAACAACUACACUGACAAUGCAGCCAAGUGGAUAGCCAAGUACGAGACGGACGAUUUUGAGAAUGUAAUUGCCAAACUGAUGAAGAAAAUUAGGCCACUGUUCAAACAACUGCAUGCUUAUGUGCGAAGAAAACUUUGGCUUUACUACGGCAAGGACUCCACAAUCAUCGAUCUGAAGGGACCCAUCCCUGCCAGCUUACUUGGUAAUUUAUGGGGCUUGGAUGGCAUAAAUGUAUAUACGAAAUCGGUCCCUUAUCCAAACAAAACUUCUCUGGAUAUCUCAGAUCAACUUGUAGCCCAGAACUAUACAGGUCUGAAAAUGGCUAAGACAGCUGAACAAUUCUAUGUAUCUAUUAACAUGAGUGCAAUGACUGAAAAGUUUUGGAAGUAUUCUAUAUUUGAGCGCCCUGCAACUGGAAACAUAGACUGUUCUCCGUCUGGAUAUAGAUUUUUUGAUGGUGAAGAUUACAGGAUUAGGAUUUGUACUUCACCUACAAUGGAUUUCUUAGGCAGGGUUCACCAUGAGAUGGCUCAUAUAGAAAACUACAUGGCCUGGAAGGAUCUUCCUUGGUUAUUUCAAGAUGCAUCUAAUCCAGGAUUUGAUGAAGUGCUUGGAGACAUGGUAUAUCUUUUUGUUGUGAAUCCCACACACCUGAAGCGGCUAGGAUUGUUGGACUCUAGUUUUGAAUUCGAUGAUGAGCAAGAGAUAAAUGCACUUUACCAGCAAGCACUCGCCACAGUUUUCUUCCUUCCAUAUGCUUACAGCCUGGAGCUGUGGCGCUGGAAGGUCUUUCAAGGGAAGAUCAAACCUGAUCACUAUAACUGUCCUUAUUGGGAGAUAAGGUUAAAGGAACAAGGUGUCGCACCGCCUGUAGAUCGAGAUGACUCUGACUUUGAUCCUGGAGCCAAAUACCAUGUUAAUGCUGACUUACCGAGCGGGCAGUGGGGCCCGUCAAACGCUGCGGCUCUGGUAUCAAUGUAUAAUGGCUUUCAAACUUACAGGUUAAAGGAACAAGGUGUCGCACCGCCUGUAGAUCGAGAUGACUCUGACUUUGAUCCUGGAGCCAAAUACCAUGUUAAUGCUGACUUACCGAACGGGCAGUGGGCCCCGUCAAACGCUGCGGCUCUGGUAUCAAUGCAUAAUGGCUUUCAAACUUACAGGUUAAAGGAACAAGGUGUCGCACCGCCUGUAGAUCGAGAUGACACUGACUUUGAUCCUGGAGCCAAAUACCAUGUUAAUACUGACUUACCGAACGGGCAGUGGGGCCCGUCAAACGCUGCGGCUCUGGUAUCAAUGUAUAAUGGCUUUCAAACUUACAGGUUAAAGGAACAAGGUGUCGCACCGCCCUGUAGAUCGAGAUGA